UGCUCCAGGGGCUCAGUACCGUUCAAAGAUGCAGCCAGCUGAGAUGAUGCGUGGUACCAGGGCCGUCUACAAUCUUGUGUUACUGAUAUCAAUCUCAGUCGCUUAUGUCCAUUCGUACCCGCUUCAAAUAUUACCUAGCAUCCCGGGAUACAUUCCGGUUUACAUAAGAUAUGGUGAUCAGCCUCUGGAGGAAAUAAAUCCUGCGUUAGCCGAAGCGUUUCACGAAGGAGGCUCUUCUAAGAGCCUCAACUUAGAUAAAAUUCCUAAUGCUCCUGGCAUCAGUCCUGAAGAAGACGAAGCGAGCAAAUAUAAUGUUUACGCUAUAGACGUUAGACAGGCGAACAAUCGUUUCGUUGACAAAGGAGAGGAUAAAAAAUCGACUGCGAAGGCUGCAGGAAUAAAAGCAGCGGAGCCACCUGCGAGCAGCAACAAAGGAAGACGUCGACAAAAACUCAGGCGAAAGAAACCGAGCCCUGUAGUUAAAGUCAGUCCAUUAACUGAAGAGAAAAAGGAAGAACUCGAAAACUAUCAUAUCGAAGCUACUGAAGACAUAAAAAGUCUAAACGAGAUGCUCGAAUCGAAGAAAGAAUCACAGUUGAGUAAAUCGCGCCACGAGAGCGAAGAAAGUGAUAAUGAGGAAAAUUCUGAGCCGACCAAAGUCGAUCAAAUUAUCUUUGAAGACUCUGAUUUUCAUUUAGGAACAAACAGUAAGAGCUCCUCAGUAUCUCUAGACGAAGAAGUGCCUACGAAGCAACAAGCGCCAUUGGACUUUUUAUCUAACGUUCAUAAAAUCACUCCUUCACCGGAAAUAUCAAUGGAAUUAGGAAAGGAACGUACAGAGAAAGAGCCAUUAAAAGAAAAAUCUAAUUAAAGGGAAUAACAUUCAUAGUGAGAAUUAUUUAUAUUGAUAUCAGUAGUCUAGAAUUUUGUGAUACAACUUAAGAUGAAUUUAAGAUUUUUAUGUUAAGUAUUCAAAAUUGAAUAACAUUGUAUAUUGCAUUAUCGUUCUACAAAAAUUACAGCAUACAUGAAACUUGUUACGCUUGAGUAAAAUAUAUCGAGGACAGGAUAUGAAAUAAAAUGGAACUGUAAACUGUU